AUGAGGAAAUACGAUUGGAUGCAAGCCAUAAAGACAAAUAUUUUAAUUUUAAAAAUCGUUGGUUUAUGGCCUAAAGACGACGAAAGUUACAAAUUUGACUUUUACACUUUCUACGCCUCAAUUUGGUUGUCAACUCUACUCGUGGCUUCUACAUUUUUUCAAGGAAUCAACAUCAUAUUCAUUUUGGGCGAUGUAAAAGCGCUUACAGGAACUGCUUACGUCCUUCUAACGGAAAUCCUAGCCGUCAUUAAAACUUAUUUCAUUGUGAAAAAUAUGAAAAUGCUUAAACGUUUAAUGAAAUCUUUAAAUAACAACAAACUUUUCCAACCACGAAACGUUGAACAAAUAGAAUUAGUCCAAACAAGCUUAAAAUUUUGGAAAUUAACCUACAAUGUAAUUCAUUCCAUGGUUGGUGGAGCCAAUUUGUUUUGGAUACUUUUCCCGAUGGUGGAUAAAAAAGAGAAGAGAUUACCAUUUCUGGGAUGGUACAUUGUUGAUACGAAAGUAUCACCAUAUUACGAAAUUGUGUAUGGAUUUCAAUUCUGCAGUUGCUUCUACAUGAGUGCCCUUAUUAUUAAUAUUGACACACUAAUAGCGGCUUUAAACGUUUACGUUGGAACUCAGAUUGACCUUUUAUGCAACAAUGUGCGAAAUUUAAAACCUAGUUCGGUGGAACAAGAGUUAAUAACGUGUAUCAAACACCACCAAGAAAUUUUGAGGUAA